UACUGUCUCUGCCGUUGUCUCGACCUCUCUGAUUGCGCUCGUGUGUGUGUGACCAUCCUUGAAAACCCGUAAGUGGCACCGCCGGAUGCAUUCCUGUCCCAAAACAUGAGGAAUGUUUGUUUGUUUUGCUGUAUCUGAUCGACAUUCUCUUAUGGCCUGCCCUUCCCUCCUUUGCUCUCCUCGUCACAUAGAUUUCUGUCCAAGAGACAUCACGAAAAGAAUCCACAAUGCUUGCUCAAGGAGUUCUCUAUCUUGCUUGGAUGGUCAGUCUGGCUGCCAGUCAGUCGAUUGACCCCAGCACCAUCCCUAUUGCUACUCGCGACCAAUGGUGCAGCCAGCAACAAACCUCCUGUCCCUUGAUCUGCCUCCAACUACCAAACGGGACCUCCGACACUCAAAGCAAUACCUGCGACCCAGAUACCCUCGAUUUCUCCUGUGUCUGCAAUACCGGCCAAUCACCCAACUCAACCGAAUACUCCCAAACAAUCCCUUACUUCAUCUGCACCGCCUACAACACCCAAUGCCAAAAUAACUGCAGCGGUGCCUCGGACUGCCAAGCAGCAUGCGUCCAGAACCAUCCCUGCGGCGCCCAGGACCCCAAACGUUACAACGCCACUACUUCUGCUGCUUCUGGCACCGGAGCUACGGCUACCACAACCGGUAGUGCUACCACCUCCGGCAGUGGUGAUGUCUUGAUAACUGGGUUCGGGACGGGGUCGGCUGCGAAAUCGACGGGUGGUUCGUCGGCGGGAUCGGUGGGUGUUGUGAGGCCGUUUUUGAGUGAGUUUGGGCAGGUUUAUGGGGUCUUUAUGGUUGUUGCGGGUUUGUUGGGUGGGUUUGCUGUUAUUCUAUAAUCUGAUCAUACACUUUUGCUUUUCAUUCUACCAUUUUGCUCAUUUUCAGCAUACAUGUAUUUUGUUAAUCAUUUUCUGCUUUGG